GAACGCUCCGCCCCUUCUCAAUGCAAACUAUUGAAGAAAAGUCGCGGUCGAAAGCUGAACUACGUUACUGACACAUUUCAAAACUCGAAAGCUCUGAAAGAGGGCAGCACGCGCUCCUGUACUUUCUGCUAUGUGUUCAGAUGAAGAGCGCUCGAUGGCGGGGGGCUCCGGUAACGGAAAGUUGCGUCAAUGGCUGAUAGAGCAGGUGGACACCGGAAAAUACCCUGGACUCGUGUGGGAGAACGACGAAAAGAGUAUCUUUCGGAUUCCGUGGAAGCACGCGGGCAAACAGGACUACAACAGGGAGGAGGAUGCUGCGCUCUUCAAGGCUUGGGCCCUAUUCAAAGGAAAGCACAGGGAAGGUAUUGACAAACCUGACCCACCAACCUGGAAAACACGUCUUCGAUGUGCUCUUAACAAAAGCAACGACUUUGAGGAGCUUAUGGAGCGCAGUCAGCUUGACAUAUCAGACCCCUAUAAAGUGUACAGGAUUGUUCCGGAAGGAUCCAAAAAAGGAUCCAGAUCCCUUGAAGAGUCACAGUCCAAUACAAGCCCACCCAGUUAUCCAAUACACCCUAAUUUUGCACCAGCUCAAUCUCAGGUGUGCAACUAUCUUUCUCCAGCAGACAGAGGAUGGAGGGAUUAUUCUACCCUGUCUGAGAUCCCUUACAGCCAGAGCCCCUACACGCCGCGCUGGGAACCUGGGUACCAGUUCAGUGGCUCUUUCUACAGUUGCAAUGCAUCUGAUCCACAGCCGUCACCCUUCACCCUGGACACCAGCAUGAGAUCUGCUGAGGCAGUGGCCCUCUCAGAUCACCGCUUGCAUUUGGUGGUGUUUUACCGGGAAACUCUGGUGCGAGAAGUAACUGUGAGUAAUUCAGAAGGCUGUCAGCUAGGCCCCAGCAGAGAGGGCCAGGCCUACGCUUCACCUGGGGCCCCAGAGCUGAUUGAACUUCCUCAUGCUGAAGAAGCAUCUCUCGAGCGUGGUGUUAUUCUAUGGAUGGCCCCUGACGGGCUCUACGCCCGCCGCCGCUGCCCCUGCAGGGUGUACUGGGAGGGAGCUCACGCACCUACAGACAAGCCCAACAAGCUGGAGAGAGAGCAGAACUGCAAACUGCUGGACACCCAUCUGUUCAUAACAGAGUUGCAGAGUUACGCCCUGCACGCUCGUCCAGUGCCAUGUUCUCAAGUCCUGCUGUUCUUUGAGGAUGAGAGCUCCGAUGCUCAAAGACCAAGGAGGACUUUCACAGUGCAGGUUGAGCCUCUAUUUGCUCGCCAGCUUCUUUUCCUCAGUCACCCUAGCAGCAUGAACUACAUCCGCAGCCACGAGCUUUCACACCUGCCCCCUGAACACACCCUCUCCUCGACCCAAGACUACCACAGAGUCAUCACGCAUCUCCCUAACAGCGGCCCUCAAAACUAACCCCGACUUCGCACCCAAUCUUGGAUCAACAUCUUUUUUAACCUAGGGUUAAAGCGAGUUUUAAUCUUGGGUUAAAGGGAUAGAUAAUGUUAGAAUUUACUCACCCUCAUGUUGUUCCAAACGUGUAUAACUUUCUUUGUUUUGUGGAGCAAACAACCCAAUGACUUUUAUUGUAUUGACAAAAAAACUAAACUAAAACUAAACUAAACUAAAACUGCUUCUGUUUCACAGAAGAAAGAAAGUCGUACAGGUUUAGCAUGAAACAUGAGUGAGUAAAUUAGAGUUUUCUUGUCAUUUUAAAAGGGCGUUAGCGUCAUUUUUAACUCAGGGUUACAAUGCUUUGCUUAUGAACAGAUGAUGGACAAGAAGUUGAAACAGUUUACAUGCUAUUUCUAUAGUUUAUAGUGCCAUACUUGCCCAAUCAGCGUGCAAACAAGAAUGCUAUCCCUGGGUUUAAAUAUGUACAGUCAAAAAUCUAAACCCAGUACAAAAUAUUAACCCAGGGUGAGGUUUAAACAGUACUGUUAACCCUGGGUUAACUGUAAAAAUUGCCCAAGUCUUGUAAGCUAAAAGUGUAAAAGGUAAAUGUUGGAAUUCUUCUGUGCACCCAGAGCCUUUUGGGCUGAGCAUAAUCCUACCAGGAUAACAGACAACAUCAGCUAUGUCUAAUACUGAGAAAGACAUAAAUGUAUGCAUGACUCACAAGGAUAAAUGAUUGUAUUAUGCUGGUAUACUGUCAAUCUUUUUUUUUGCUGACACAAGAAUGUAAAGUGUGAAUAUUAGCUGUGUUUGGUUCUUGCAACAUUUUUUGAGCUGCAAUCAGAAAAUGAAAAAUAUUUCAUGUAAAUAGGCUGUGGAUUUAGAAAAAGUGUUUCUAAACACUUUUCCGUUUUCAAAUUGCAGUUCUUUUAUAGACAUUUUUUGUACAAUUCUGACUAAAUAUUCAACUUUUUUUAUUCCACUACUUUUGCUCUUUUAUGUUACUGAAAUGCCUCAAAUUUGGUUUUAAUAAAAAAAUAAAAUAAAAUAAAGUCUAAAAA